UGAUCAUGCCAAAUUCUUGCCAAUACCCCCGACUAGGCAGGUCCCUGUGUGUUUUCGCCCUCCUGCAUUUUUCUAUCCCUCUUUUGCGUUUCUUUAUUGCUAUUUGAUUUUGCGUGUACAUAUAUCUUGCGAGGUGUGCUGUUAACGCGACAAAAGAAAAGGCUUGACUGUUGAUUUGCCGUUCUUAGAGGAUUUCGCCGCGAUCUAUCUUGUUGUUCGGCAUAGAAAUGGUGUCUGGAAGAAUCAGAAGAGUGGCGGUUAUUGGAGCCGGUCCCUCUGGUGCUAUCACCGUAGAUGCUCUGGCUCAAGAAGGUGUCUUUGACCAGAUUCGUGUUUUCGACAGACAAGAAGGUCCCGGAGGAUGUUGGUAAGUCUCUUUUUGUUUUCGAUCGCGCCAGCAAGUCGUACUGCCGAAAUGAGCAUAUAUGAAGCCCAUCUAGUGAUGACUUGUUGUAUUGAACAUAGUUUUGACAAAACGCAUAGGUAUGGAGAUAAGGCACCACCACUCCCUCUCAGUCACUUCGGAGCUUUGGCUACAAGAACAGCAGACCAGCCGGUAGAAGUGCCUGAAAAAUUUCCAGCUCAUACCAGGAGGAACGAACAGCCCCGAUGGACAGACUCGUCAAUUUACCCCUACCUGGAGACUAAUGUCGAUGUAGUCACCAUGGAGUACACUCAGGAACCCAUAAUCGGGGCACUGUCCGCGCGAACAAUCGAGUUGCAUGGCGAAAAAUCGCCCUUCCGCCAUUGGACUGUGAUGCGAGACUAUGUGACUAGUCUGUUCAAACGCAAUGGCUACGAAGACCUUGUUUCUUACAACACUCAUGUUGAGAGAGUGGAGAAGAUUGGUGACGAAUGGAAGAUCACGUUGAGAAGAGAGGAAGACGAGAGAGACUAUUGGUGGGUCGAGUGGUUUGAUGCCGUGAUCGUCGCUAGCGGCCACUUCAACGUGCCAUAUGUCCCGGCUGUCAAGGGUCUAGAAGAGCUUGAAAGACAACACCCUGGCAGUGUCUUACACAGCAAGAUGUAUCGCGGAAGGGAUGCAUACAAGGGCAAGCGUGUUGUCGUCGUUGGUGGCUCAGUCUCUGCAGCAGAUAUCUCCACCGAUCUUGUUGGCGUAGUAGACUCCAAAGUCUACGCAGUCGUCAACGGACACACCAUCAACCCAUACUUCGGAGAUGGCGCUUUCAACAAUGUUGGGGUCAUCAGAAAGCCUACCAUUUCGCACAUUGAUACUUCGCAUGGCCAGCGCACGGUGCACUUUAUUGAUGGUUCAUCGGCCGAGAAUGUUGACCACCUCAUUUUUGGCACUGGAUACUCCUGGAGUCUCCCCUUCCUACCAGAUGUAAAGAUCAGGAACAAUAGGGUUCCUGGGCUCUAUUACAAUGUUGUAUACCAGCAAGACCCGACAUUACUAUUUGUUGGAGCAGUCGGCGCAGGACUAACCUUUAAGAUUUUCGAGUGGCAAGCAGUGCUCGCAGCGAGAUUGCUAGCAGGACGUGCCGAACUGCCAUCUAUUGAUGAACAACAAGAGUGGGAGGCGGAGCGUGUGAGAAAGAAGGGAGAUGGACCGGGCUUCAACGUCAUCCAUCCGGAAUUCGAGGAGUACUUUGAGGCUGUUAGAGCUCUUGCUGGACCUGGCGCAGAUGGCAAGGGACGGCCUCUGCCUCCUUACAAGCAGGAGUGGUUUAAAGCGUUCAUGGACGGGCAUGAGUUGCGAAAGCAGAUGUGGGACAGAAAAAACGCUGCUGCUGUCGAGAGCGCCAGAUCAAGAAUAUGACCGGCGCUUUGAACUAAUUGAGUACUACAGCAGUUGUAUUGACGAUUGAAUUGACAAAUUCUUUCAACAUCGAUUGUCAUGUACUAUUCUCACCCUCUCGGUGCAUACCCUUCGUCUCGGGAUGAAAGCGUAUUGAGUCAAGACAUGCGAAAACGAUGUAAAUGGCCUCACUUGGCUCGACGCAGAGACGUAGCUGGCUUGCGGCUGUCCAC